GGUAGAGACCUGUGGGUUCUUGUUCUGGGAAGGUUUCCAACCCAUCAUAAGAUUGGCAUUCCAGAGUUCAAGUAUGUUGCUAAUAUGCAUGGGGAUGAGACUGUUGGGAGAGAAAUCCUGCUCCAUUUGAUAGACUUCCUGGUGACCAGCUAUCGACGUGACCCAAUUAUUACCCGGUUACUCAAUAAUACCCGGAUUCAUAUCAUGCCAACAAUGAAUCCUGAUGGAUUUGAAGCUACAAAAGUGCCUGAUUGUUAUUACACACAAGGAAGGUACAAUAAGAACGGAGAAGAUCUGAACAGAAAUUUUCCUGAUGCCUUUGAAAAUAACAAUGCUAGCAUUCAGCCAGAGACUCAAGCAGUAAUGAACUGGAUAAAAAAUGAAACAUUUGUUCUUUCAGCAAACUUGCAUGGGGGUGCCCUGGUUGCCAGUUACACCUUUGAUAAUGGUAACUCAGUUACCGGCUCUUUGAAAGACUACAGCAGGUCUCCAGAUGAUGAUGUCUUUAUUCAUCUGGCAAAGACCUAUUCUUUCAACCAUGCCAGCAUGUACAAAGGGACUGGGUGUGGUAACAGACAAACCUUUCCAGAAGGCAUUACCAACGGGUAUUCUUGGUACCAGCUUGAAGGUGGAAUGCAAGAUUACAACUAUGUCUGGGGACAAUGUUUUGAAAUUACAUUGGAGCUUUCAUGCUGUAAAUAUCCUCCAGCAGACCAGCUGGAAAAGUUCUGGAGAGACAACAAAGUUGCUCUGAUCGAAUAUAUAAAACAAGUACAUCUAGGUGUCAAGGGUCAAGUUACUGGUAAGAAUGGGAUUCCUAUUCCCAAUGCCAUCGUGGAAGCCAAAGGCAGGCCUCACAUCUGCCCCUACAGAACAAAUGAACAAGGGGAGUACUUUCUUCUCCUUUUGCCAGGGACAUACGUGAUCAACGCUACUGUUCCAGGAUUUAAAUCGAUGCUGAAGACAUUGGAAAUACCCGACAAUACUGGUAACUUCAGUGCUUUGAAACACGACUUCUCUUUCCCAGAGGUCUCUGUCGGAUCAAGAGCUGCUUCAUGUCCCAAAACUCCCCUCUACCAAGAGCUUGAACGGGCUUCAGCUGCAGCAAAACCAACUCUGCAUAUCUUGGUUUUAAUGACCGUUAUGCUUCUAGUUUUCAAAUAAAGUCAGGAAUGACAUGACACAGCAAGGCAAAAUCUUCCUGCACAAAUGUGGCUUUUCAGACAAGGAACUGUAUAUGCAAAAGAAUAUAUGUUUUUAUAAACCAAAGUCUCAGAUUUACAAUCAUGUUUAUUGUAUUUUGUAAAAUACUGGCUCGACAAUCAAAUGUUUUACUUUAAUUAUAAUAGACUGUCAUGUUUUUCUAUAUAAGUAUUUCAGUCUAAAGAAAUUUGUACAGCCUAUGGAGAUAACUAUAGAAUUUUGAUGCAGAAAGUACAAAUACAUUCUGAAGAAAUUUGCCCAAGUUCAAAAAAGUCUUGGAUUGUACUGCAAAUAUUUCAUGCAAUUCAGGUUCCUCAUUGAACCAACAGC